GACUUUUAGUUCUGAUUCUGUUAAGUAAUGUGUAAUUUAUUAGGAUGAAGAUUGGACACGAGGGUCUCGCACAGUUGGAGUUUCCAAAGAUGAACUGUGUGGGCAAUUCUUUGAUGCUCUGGAGAAAGUCCACUUCUUUAGGACAAAUCCUGAUGGAACUGAUGACUCAGUGCAACUGGAGAAAGCAUCUCGUAUAUUUAAUGAUGCUGCAACGGAGAUGGAGAGAUCUGAAUGCCAGGAGUUUGGUCUAAAGAACUUGGCUGAAUUGCUGAAAUCACAAGGUAAUAAGGCAAUGCAAUUGAAGAAAUACCCUGAUGCAAUUGAUUUGUAUACUUGUGCAAUUGCACUUUGUGAAGAGAAUGCUGUUUACUACUGCAACAGGGCAGCUGCUUACACUCAGGUCCACAAAUACACAGAAGCAAUCCAAGACUGUCUUAAGUCUAUUGAGAUUGACCCGAACUAUAGCAAGGCAUACAGUCGACUGGGUUUAGCGUAUUAUGCUCAGGGAAACUACAGAGAUGCCAUUGAUAAAGGGUUUAGGAAAGCCUUGCUGUUGGAUCCAAGUAAUGAGUCGAUUAAAGAAAAUAUACGGGUUGCUGAGCAAAAAUUGAUAGAAGAGCAACAUCGUGCAGAUCACAGUCAGAAUUCAAGAUCAUCUCAGGAGUCUCAGAACCAGUCCGCACGAGGGUCAAGAGGUAAUGCAGCUCCAUCACCAUUUGACUCGAUGCCUUUUAAUGCCAACGAUCUUGCAAGCAUGUUUAUGAACAUAGCCGCAAACACUGCCAAUGCGUAUCAAGGACAGCAUCCCCAGGAGCGGCAAGGAGAAGAUAGCAGCACCAAUUCAUCUAAUGAACCUGAAAUAAGAAUCGGGAGCAAUAUUAAUUUAAACUUGAACCAAAUGCCCGAAGAUUUGACGGGCGCUUUCAGGUCUGUGAUGGAAGUGUUAUCUGGGGCAGCGCCUCCAGGCCGCGAGCAGCCACAAGAUCACUCCAACGGAAGAACUGCGCCAAACUAGGCAGUAGUCAGUUUUACUUCUAGCAUGCUUAGUGCUGGGACUGCAAAUCAUCAGCCUUGUAAAAUAUUUUUCUCUUCAAUUUAAAUGGUCUUACAGCGUCCGCUUUUGACGUCUUGGUC